CUUCCUUUUUGUCCUUUGGAUCAGAAAUGAGUCUGUGGGAGGGGUAGGAGCCGGGAUCACUGAAAUGUCCCAGCUCCCUCUUCCUCAGCUCCAACCCCUCAUCCCUAGGCUGAGGACUAACAACAGAGGAGGUGGUGAGCGCCGAGUAGAGGCCGCAAGAUGGCGGCGGGAGCGUGCCGCUGGUUAAUGGCCGCCGUCCCCGCCCUGCCCGGGCCCCUUGGGAACAGGCUGAGGCUGGGAAGCGGCGGGGCGGCGCGGGGAACUGCCCGGAGCGGCCCGGCACCGGCCCAGGGCCCUUCGCGGACGCUGAUCGUCACCCAAAGCGGCGCCAUUUUACCCAAACCGGCCAAAAUGUCCUUCGGCCUCCUGCGGGUGUUCUCCAUCGUGAUCCCUUUCCUCUACAUUGGGACGCUCAUUAGUAAGAACUUCGCCGCCCUGCUUGAGAAACACGACAUUUUCGUCCCCGAGGAUGACGACGAUUAACCGAGCUCUUUGGAAGAGCAGAAGGGGGACAAGCCAACAAGCGGGCGGCGUGGAUGCGGUCACUGCUUCCUUCCCUCCUAGCGAGAGAGCGGGGCCGAUCUUCCGGACCUCCGAGAGCUACGUGAGCCCGGGACCGGCGGCCCGCCAAUGGCCACAUGGACCCCUUUGCCCUGGGGGUCGUUUGACCUCUGGCCGGUACACGUCAUCCGAACCCGCGGUCUGAUAAUGAAUAAUAAAUCAGGCAAAAACUCCUCA